AUGAAGGUUUUCGCUGGUCUCUUGUGCAUGAUCGGUUGCGCUCUGGCUGUUUCCACCCCCAGCCAAAGCAUCAUGUCUAACCGUCUUGCGAUGGCUUCCGCGAACACCAUGCGCUUGAGGGGAGGCUUCGGAAGAAGCAAGGCCCAGUCUGAGGCCAAACCCGUUUCCAACACCAACCCAGUGGCCUCCCUCGUCGGCACUGUGUUCAAGGCUGUUGUCUCUCCCAUGGGUCUUCUCGCUGCUGCUGCCUACGGCGCCUUCCGGGCUCUUGAGGAGUGCAAGUGCCUCAAGAAAAACAACAAGCCCAAGGCCGUCGAGGCUGCGAAAGCUUCCUCCUCUAGCAAGGGAUGCCUUGGACUCGGCUGCUGCGGACUUUAA